UAAAGGAUUCUCAAAAGGAAAGAAGUAGAAAUAAUAAAUUUACUUAUUUUAGUAAUAAUAAUAAUAAUAGAAUCGAAAAUUAAUAUUUUGAAUAAAACGACACAAGAAUCUACUCAAGGCUUAAUCAAUCUCUUGAAACGAAGACUACCUGCUCAUAUUGAUGACUUUGAUUUUCAAAUACAAGGUAAUCAUACGUUGGGAGUAACGAAUGAUGAAUACUUUGUAUCUCAAACUGUCGCUGGAAAGAUCUUGAUUGAAGCCAAUUCACUAAGUGGUAUUGCUAGUGGGUUACGAAAAUACUUUACAGAUAUCUUGCGCGUGGAUAUUUGGUGGUAUAUUGGUUCUCAACUACAUCUUGCUCCCGAAAGUUUACCAACUCUAAAUUCUACUUUGAAAGGAUCAAGUAUUGUACCAUGGCGUUAUCAUUUUAAUACUGUCACAUUCUCAUACCAAGCCGCCUUUUGGACAUGGGAAGAUUGGGAACUACAAUUAGAUUGGAUGUCCCUUCACGGUAUCAAUCUCUCUCUUGCAUGGGUAGGUUAUGAGAAGACAUUACUUACUACACUCCUUACUAUUGGCCUCACUACUGAUGAAAUACUUUCAUUCUUAUCCGGUCCUGCCUUUCAAGCUUGGAAUCGAUUUGGUAAUAUACAAGGAUCUUGGGGUGGUACAGUUCCACUUGCUUGGAUUGAAGAUCAACACCUUCUUCAAAAGAAAAUUGUACAAAGAAUGGUAGAACUAGGCAUUACACCUGCUUUACCUGCUUUCACCGGGUUUGUGCCAAGAGAAUUGAGAAGGGUAGCACCCGAUGCAAAUAUCAUUAAUGGAAGUGAUUGGGGAAAUCUUUUCCCAGUCGAGUAUUCAAAUGAUACAUUUCUUUACCCAACAGAUCCUCUUUUCACGACUCUACAGCAUACAUUUCUUAAUCUUCAAUCUGAAUAUUAUGGAAAUGUCUCCCCCAUCUAUACACUCGACCAAUUCAACGAAAAUACCCCGGGAUCUGGAGAUCUCCUAUUUCUAGGCAACAUAUCACGUGGAACAUACGAAUCUCUCCAAUCUUUCGAUUCAAAUGCUAUUUGGAUGUUACAAGGGUGGCUUUUCUAUGCUUCUUCAUCAUUUUGGACAGAAGAUAGAGUCGAAGCUUAUCUUGGUGGAGUUUCAAAAGAUGAGAGCAUGUUGAUACUUGAUCUCUUUUCUGAAUCGUUUCCGGAGUGGGAAAAUACAAAUCAAUAUUAUGGAAAAUCAUGGAUUUGGUGUCAAUUACAUGGUUAUGGUGGUACUGCUGGGAUGUAUGGUCAGAUACAUAAUAUCACAAAUUCCUCGAUUGAAGCAUUUCGGAAAUCGGAUAAGAUGGUUGGAAUGGGAAAUACGAUGGAGGGACAAGAUGGUAAUGGUUUGAUGUAUGAAUUACUUCUGGAUCAAGCUUGGAAUUCUAACCCCAUUGACACUGAGAAUUACUUCAAGACUUGGGUGGCGAAACGAUAUCAUAUUUCUGGGUGCGUGGAAUUGCCAUCAGAAAUAUACUCAGCAUGGAAAAUUAUUCGUACGACAGCUUACAACAACACAAAUCUGACUCUUGCAGAUAGUCUUCCAAGAUCUUUAUUCGAGACGCAACCUAACGUUACCCAAAACCAUGGAAGAUUGGGUCAAUCCUUGACAAUCGAUUUGUACAAUCCUGCAGAUUUAUUUCAAGCAUGGAGAUUGUUGUAUAAUGCUUCGGUAAUAGUUCCAGAACUAUGGGAUGACGAUGGGUGGAAAUUUGAUAUAGUGGAUGUCACAAGAGAAGUUCUUGCUGAGAGAUUCAAAUUGGAAUAUGUGGAUUUGAUCGAGAGAUAUACAGUGGGGAUUGGUUUUGAAGAGACGAGUAAGACUCUGAUUGGGAUUUUGAAGAGUCUGGAUAGUGUUCUAUCUACUUCUCCUCAUUUUAGGUUAGAUACUUGGCUAAAUGCCGCUAUUGCUUCUUCACCGGACUUUUCUAUGAAUUCCUCUCUUCGUUCACCUCACAGUUCUUCGAUAUCAAAUAUCACCCAAACGCAACAGUUCUUCGCCUACAAUGCUAUCAAUCAAAUUACCAUCUGGGGACCAGCAGGAGUCAUUAAUGAUUAUGCCUCUAAAAGUUGGGGAGGUCUUGUACGUGGAUAUUAUUUGAAGAGAUGGGGAAUGUUUUUCGAUUACAUUUGGAAACAUAAGUUUGAAGAAUUCAAUGCGACAGAACUGUCCAGGGAAUUGGGGGAUUUCGAGUUGAGCUGGCAAUGGAAUGGUUGGGUAGAUGAUUUAGAAGAAGGUGAUGGAGAUGGUGAUGGAAGGGAUUUGAAAGAGUUGGUUGAGAGCUUAAUCAAAGAUCUUAAUGGCAAGAGUAACUUCAACUAA